AGAAGAAGAAAUACUUCCUGUGCCCACACAGGAAAUAGAAGAAGAAGCAGACUUCAUGCUUGCACACCACCACGGACGUGACACAGCACUGUAGUUUUGUUUGAAAAUCUCCGUUAAUCUUGUUUUUUCACGUUUUUAAUAAUUCAUCUAUCGUAUGACAAACUACACUCUAUUCAUUCUUCGUGUCAGGAUAAACUCAAAUCGUUUCCAUGAGCGUUGAAGCUGCUCCGGCUAGCUUAGCUUAGUUUGCUAGUUAGCUUAACUUUCUAGCUGCUAACAAAGAGAGGCGGAAGCUAUCAACACAUCGCUUAGCAGAGACCAAAAUGUGAAAAUGUGCGAAAGAAAGGUAGCAGAGUUCCAGGAGGAACUUUCGAAGGAGCGACAACGUCAACUACUGGAUGCUGUUUUCAAGAAGCCUGAAAUUGGGUCAGACAAAACAGAUGUUCAGCAGCUGACUGGAGGUCAGAAAGAAAGACUCUCUAAGUCGGAGGGGGGGAACUCCACCUUGAACCAGGAGGAUCCGCUGCACCAUCUUCUUAAAGAGGACGAUCUCCAGCCCGCUGAUGUCAAAGAGGAAGACGAGGACCCACAAUCCCCUGGUGUAGAAGAAGAAAAUCCACAACUCCCUCACAUUGAAGAACAAGGGGAGGGAGAGUUUCUUCUAGGGCAGGAGGAGGCGGAUCUCACCACGUUUCCACUGACUGUUGUCUCUGUGAAGACUGAAGACCAUGAAGACAAACCACCUGAGUCCUCACAGCUUCAUCACAGUCCAAGUGUCCAGCAGCUGACUGGUCAUCAGAAAGAACCUCUUUCUCAGUUGCUGCAAGUAAGCUCCCUUUUGAAGCAGGAGGAGCCACAGCCCCCCGACAUUAAAGAGGAAGAGGAGGAAUUCUGGAUCACCCAGGCGCAAGCUUGUCUUCAAGAGCAGGAGGAGGCUGAUCUCACCAAGUUUUCACUGACUAUUGUCUCUGUGAAGACUGAAGACCAUGAAGACAAACCACCUGAGUCCUCACAGCUUCAUCACAGUCCAAGUGAGGAGAAGUUUGAGGUGGAGCCUCCAAGCAGCAGCUCACCACAACACAUGACAACAGAAGAUGAGGGAGACUACAGUGGAGGAUCACAAGUAGACAACCUCUUAGCUCCACUAUCAGAUAGUGACGACUCAACAUCGCACGUUGAUGUAAAUAUGGAAUCACACAUGAAAACACACACCGGGAAAAAGUGUUCAGUUUGCGGUAAAAGAUUAUCUCACAAACAUAAUUUGCAAAGACACAUGAGAACACAUACAGGAGAAAAACCUUUCAGUUGUUCAGUUUGCGGUAAAAUAUUCUCAGAAAAACAUUGUAUGCAAAGACACAUGAGAACGCAUUCGAAAGAAAAACCUUUCAGUUGUUCGGUUUGCAGUAAAACAUUCUCCGAAAAACUUUAUAUGCAAAGACACAUGGGCACGCACAUACAAGAAAAACCUUUCAUUUGCUCAAACUGUGGCAAAAGGUUUUCUCAAAGGGGAAUGAUGCUGUCACAUAUGAGAACGCACACAGGAAAACCUUUCAGUUGUUCAGUUUGCUGUAAAAGAAUAUCUAAUGAACACAAUAUGUUAAGACACAUGAGAACACACACAGGUGAAAAACCUUUUAUCUGUUCAGUUUGUGCAAAAGGCUUUGUUACAAACUCUGAUUUGACACGACACAUGCGAACACACACCGGAGAAAAACCUUUUAUUUGCUCAAACUGUGGCAAAAAGUUUGCUCAAAGGGGAAUGAUGAUGUUACAUAUGAGAACACACACAGGAGAAAAACCUUUUAGUUGUUCUGUGUGCAGCAAACAAUUUUCUCAAAAGAGAUUAUUGCAGUUACACAUGGGAAUGCACACAGGAAAAAAAACUUUUAUUUGUUCAGUUUGCGCAAAAGGCUUUGGUACAAGCUCUGAUUUGACUCGACACAUGGGUACUCACACUGAAGAAAAACCUUUCAUUUGCCCAGACUGUGGUAAAAAGUUUUCACAAAUGAGAAUUAUGGUGUUACACAUGAGAACACAUACAGGAGAAAAACCCUUCAGUUGUGCAGUGUGCGGUCAAAGAUAUGCUGCAAAACAUAUCAUGCAAAGACACAUGAGAUCACAUACGGGAGAAAAACCUUUCAGUUGUUCAGUUUGUGGUAAAAUAUUCUCAGAAAAAGGUUACAUGCAAAGACAUAUGAGAACACAUACAGGUGAAAAACCUUAUAUUUGUUCAGUCUGUGCAAAAGGCUUUGUUAAAAAUUCUGAUUUGACUCGACACAUGAGGACACACACGGGAGAAAAACCUUUCAUUUGUUCACACUGUGGCAAACAGUUUUCUCUAAAGGGAACAAUGCUGUCACAUAUGAGAACACACACUGGAGAAAAACUUUUUAGUUGUUUAGAGUGUGGUCAACACUUUUCUCGAAGGGGAAUGAUGCUGUCACAUAUGAGAACACACGCAGAAAACCUGUUUGUUGCAAAGAGUGUGGUAAAAGAUACACCGACAAACAUAUAAAGCAGACACAGGAGAAUAACUUUUCUACUUUGGAAUUUUCUACUUUACAAUUCAGCCUGGAUCUAGCCAGCCCUCCUCAAGAUAUGAAUGACAUAACACUAUCAAGUUUCUUUUUAGUACUGGUUAAAAAUAUAUCAGUACAUGGUUUGUAUUGUGUAUGUACUGCGUAAUGUUAGAUAAAGUGUUUUGUAAAUACAAAUCACAAUAUAUUUUAACAGCUUGCUUGUUAUGUAAUUGUAAUCUUGUUAUGUACUUGCAAUCUUUUUAUGAAAUUUCAAUUGUGAUUGCUAACUGUGCAGUAAAAGGAUGACAGAUUUUUCCUGAAGGAAUAAAUAAAGUAUUAUCCAUCUAUCCAUC